AUGCGUCGCGUCAAAGCUCGCACGCACAGUUAUUCUUUUGGAAAGGCUCAGUCUGAAGUAAAAAGUUCUAAUGAAGGCAUUCUCUAUGCUUCACCACCACCACCAAAUGAAUGUCCCUAUUCUUGCCUUCCUCCACCCACCCCUACCGACUGCCCACCUCCACCACCUUCACCGCAGCUACCAACUCUCCCUGCUGCAUCACCGCCGCCACCUUCAGGGCCAGUUUACUACCCUCCACCAUCGGGGUAUUAUUUGCCGCCGGGUGGAUACUUUUUCCCUCCACCAGUGUAUGAGUAUGGCCCUCCACCUCCUAAUCCAAUUUUGCCUUACUUGCCAUUCUACUACAAGAAUCCACCACCACCAUUCGAUUACUCAUCGGCUGCCAGUCAUUAUGGGACAAUCAAAAGGAUGAACAGCAAGUUAUUGAUACUAGUUACACUUUUCCUUGGUUAG